GAAGGAUCAGGACCAGCUCCUGGACUGGGUGACAAGUCAAGGUAACAAGAGUUCUACGUGUGCUCCGAUAUGGGGAUACCUCGAGGGACGUUCUUGCUUCUGCUCUUGCAGCUCGUUACAAGAGGAUCAGGCUUAGUUGUUUCCAGCUGUGACGCGUGCCAUGAUGAAGCAACAUGCCAGGAGUCACAGGAAAGAGUCGACUCCUUCAGCAGAUUCUCAUGUGUCUGCAAAGAUGGCUUUGUGGGUGAUGGUGUCGCCUGUUACGAUCCCUUAACCUGCAGCGACGGUUCAUGUUGUAGCCAAGGUUAUCAGUGGGCACCUGACAGUGGCUGUGUGGACUUUGACGAAUGCUCCCUCUCCGACCCACCUUGCACGGCGCCUUGGCUUUGCCAGAACACACCCGGCUCCUUUGAAUGCCUGACACCUGCUUCGCUCUCCAGAUCCGCCAUUUCUUCGCCAUCAGUCCAGUUCCGUUGUGGAGACACGAUGUGCCCAGCAGGCAUGGACUGCGUUGGGAAUAACGGGACCAGCUGUGGCGACCCUUGUGAGAGCUACACCGUCCUGGGUGACGAGUGGCGGUCCACACAAAAUGGAUUUGAACCAUCUAACGUAAUGUGUGACAAUAGAGUCGAGUGGCGAGGCUGGUAUCGUCUGUUCCUGGGGGGAUACAGUGCACGUAUUCCUGAGGGAUGUGUUCAUGGCUUCAAAUGUGGAACCCAUAUUACCAUGACACUAAAUCAAGCUCAUCCCACACAGUCUGAUGGAAUUGUAACUCGCUCCAUAUGCAAUACCUGGGCUAAUGACUGCUGCGGUAUCCAGAAUAUACCUGCAGAACACAUCCAUGUCAAGCUGUGUUCCACAGCAUCUUCCAGCUACUACGUCUACAAACUGGUCAAACCACGUGUGUGUCAUUACGCGUACUGUGCAGAGGUUCACGAAUCAGGUUCUUUCACACCGGAACCUGAUCUAACCUCAAUGGCGACAACCGACUUCAUGGAAACGACACCCCCAGAAACUACACAAGUCAUGGAAACGACUGGAGCUUCCACUCGUCCAAGAACAACCACCGCCAUGGAAACGACUGGAGCUCCCACUCGUCCAAGAACAACCGCCGCCAUGGAAACGACUCAUCGCUACUCAACAACAACAACACCCCCCUCAACAAACGAGGGUGAGGUCCGUCUGGCAAACGGAGGAAACAGCUCCUGCUCCGGAAGAGUGGAAAUCUUCCACCGUGGACAGUGGGGAACAGUGUGUGACGAUAUCUGGGACCUGAAGCAUGCUCAGGUGGUGUGUAGGCAGUUGGGCUGUGGCAGGGCCCUGUCUGCCCCGCAUGGUGCCUACUUUGGACCGGGCACAGGGCCCAUUUGGUUGGACAAUGUCCGAUGCACAGGCAACGAAUCAAAGCUCAGUGAGUGCACGCACCAAGGGAUUGGAUCACACAACUGUAAUCACUACGAGGAUGCUGGCGUGGUUUGUGAAGGGUCGGAACCUUCACUCAGGCCAUCUCGCCUUAUUUGUGGCUCGGACAAAAUCCAAGUGGGCGUGGAUUCGGUUGUUAUAACAAGCGCUGGUUAUAACCCACUCGCUGGCAACCUGGCAGUCCACAACUGUUCCUGGGCCAGGGUGCAAGGUGAUGUGGUGUGGUACGAAGCUGACGCUCAGGCGGAUGCCUGUGGAAACACACUGACGACCAACAGCACACAUGCCGUCUACUCCAACAGUUUAUUUCUUUAUCCAUCAAGCAACGCUUCCUUCUCUGUCCCUGCGAGUCUUCCUUUCUCAUGCGUCUAUCCCCUAAACGCAGACAGCAGACUGAACGUGGCCGUCAGACCAGUCCUGGUGACGGAAGGCGGCGUCGUUGGCUCAGGUGCCAAAGCCAGAGCCGCCAUGGUCCUGUUCCGGAACUCCGACUAUACAGAUCCUUAUGCAGCAGGUGCGGUGGUCCUUCCAGUGGGCUCCCCGUUAUAUGUGGGGGUCUCUGUGGACAAGAGAGAUCCCAGCCUGGCACUUGUCCUGGAGGACUGCUUCGCCUCUCACUCAUCAAACCCUGACAAUCCUGAGCGAUACUCCUUCAUCCACAACAAAUGUCCCACUGACCGCCAGCAAGUGUCUGUGGUUGAGAGCGGCUCAUCCCUGCGGGCUCGUUUCUCCGCCCUGUUCUUCCUUCUUCAGGGAGAAUACCGAGAUGUUUACCUCCACUGCAGCCUCAGCCUGUGUGACCGCAGGAGGUACUCUUGCAUUCCGUCCUGCACAAGGCGAGCGCAACGCUCCGUCUCAAAGUCUACUCCAAUCACGCCACUAACCAUUGGACCAAUCACCUGGAAGUAUGGAUCUCACGAAGGCAGUGGUUUUUAAACCUUUUUGAAACGCCCUCUUUGGAGGAAGACAAAUUGUGACCCUCCCAACCCCACACCACUGUUAGUCUAUUGAUGUACUUUGUCAUCUUUGUGAAUCAAAAUGUCUUGACUCCCUCGCUCGGGGCAGAAAUGAUUGGUGUGACAUCCAGUCAAAAUAUAACACUGGUAUUACUUUGUAACUCUUUGGUAUAAUAUAGUAGUCUAAUUCAGUACAAUAAAUAAUCAUUUCUAGUUAUGUUCAUGGUCACAACGUUGACGGAUGAUGAAACAACAGCCAC